CGAAGUGCUUCGCGGUAACGUCGCAGACUUUUGUCCCUCCUCGCACGCCGUACUGGACAAACCAGAAAACGUGCUGUGUUGUGAGUGAAUGAGACGUCGUUUGUUGCAGCAGCUUCACUUUCACGUUAACACAGACAGACUACAGGCAUCCCUCUGUAAACUUCACAUGGCUUUCACAUCGUAGCUCUCACGUCUGCACACGCUCAGAGAGGGGAGUAACGGAGUGACCGAAACACGGAGCUAACCCGCCGCUGCUCGGCUUGAAUAUAAAGAGCUUUCCGACUCGUCUGCAAACAUGUCGGCCGUGACAAACGACUCCAGGAAACGGGGCAAGAAGCGGUACGGAGGCGGACACCACAACAAGCGGUGGAAAGGCUCCCGGGAGCUGGAGGUGGGCAUGCAGGGGAUCCUCAUCACAUGCAACAUGAACGAGAGGAAGUGCACGGCGGAGGCCUUCAAUCUGCUCAAUGAGUACGCAGACAAGCUGUACGGGCCCGAGAAGUUGCAGGAUAACAAUGGAAGCAGCAGUGACGAAGAGGAGGCCGAUGAGGAAGAUGUCGAUGUCGCGCUGAAGAAGGAAGUGGCACAGCUGCAAGCAUCUGGAGCGAAACAGGAGAGGCGUUUCCAGGCUUUGGACAGCGGAGCGAACAACGUGAUCUUCAUCAAAACUCAAAAUCUGGAAUCUGACAAGCUGGUUCAUCACAUCCUGUCUGAUCUCCACAGCACCAAGAAGAAGAAGUCACGCGUGAUCCUUCGAAUGCUACCAGUAACUGGGACAUGCAAGGCUUUCCAGGAUGACAUGGUGAAGUACCUGACCACUUUCCUGGAGCCUUGGUUCAAAACUCCAAACUGUGCUACCUACCAGAUCGCCUUCAAGGCGCGCAACAGCAGCCACAACAAGCGGGACGAAAUCAUCAAAUCAAUUGCAGGUCUUGUCGGGAAGCUAAAUCCGAAGAAUAAGGUUGAUUUGACGAACCCAGAACUGACAGUCAUUGUGGAGGUCAUCAAGGCCGUGUGUUGCAUCAGUGUGGUAAAAGACUAUACACUGUACAGAAAGUACAAUGUCCAGGAAGUGGUAAAGGAGGACAUACCAAAGCCUGAUGUGACUGCAGCAAAAACAGAGUCGAACACAGCUGAGGAGAAGGAGAAACAGGACGCAGAGGAGACGAACAAAGAAGAGAAGAAAGGCGAAGAAGACGGUGACAAAAACGUGCCACAGGACAACAAUGAGGUUGAUAAGGGCGAAGGUGACGGCGAGUAAGAUCUCAUAUUUAGAGAAACUGUCAGAUUCAAAAUCUGUUUUUAAAAACGUCAUCUGAAGUUGCUUUGUAUCGUAGUGCUUUUGUUUUUAAGUUUUUAUGACCGAUAACAUGACUCGAAGCGAGGUUAGCAAGAGUCAAACAGAAUCCAAAUAUAAUUUAUAUUCAUAAAGAUCCAUUGUUCAUUGGUUAUAACUUUGUCCAUUUUAAAUAUCAGUGAUUUUCAAUUAACUAUACGUCACCGUUCGUAAGCUGACACUUUUUUAAUGCCGAGUUUGAUUUUUAAGUUCAGUGUCAUUUUAUUUUUGACAUUUACUCCAAAGAAAAGGGAGGGUUUUUUUUUUUUAGGUUAACUGGUGUGUGACAUUUUUUGUAACUGUUAUUUCCUAAAGCAGUCCCUGAAUUAAAGCUACCCGUGUGAUUGACUGUUUUUGCCACAUAUCCUUUACUCAUUUUAUGGUGCAUUAUGUGCUUAAUGAUCGACACAAAAGGGAGGAGGUAGAAGAAAACAAAGAAGGGUCAAAACUACAUAAACAUAAUGAGUACAAAUCCUGCAUGUUCACACCUGUAGGGUGUCUGUGGUCCUAACGUCUGGCAUCAUGUAAUGAAAUGUCCUGUUUGACAUUGUGUUGUGUGUGACACCCACCGUCAUUGAACCGGCAGUUUUUCUUUGCACCACAAGAUGGAGUUCAUCCCUUAAUUUUGUCGAGACAUGGACAUCUGUGUGACAGGUGUACUGUGAUUAUGCUUCUAGAUGAAUCAUUUAUCAAAAUCUUUGAGCUGUCUUUGUUACAGCACCUUCUGGUAUGAAUUAUAAUUUUUUUU